CAAUGAUACGCGAAUUGCCCCCGGUACUUUUCUUCAUUUUGCUCUAUUGAAGGACCUGGCGAUCUUCUCUCCUUAAUUUCCAUUUCUCAAUCUUCUUUCCUCCUCCCACCUCCAUUGUUACUCGGUGGCCGGUGAUCCCGACGCCCGUCGGCCUGCAUCCGCCUCUUCUCUCUCUCUCUCUCUGUCACAUCACUCUCUGCGAUUUCCAUUCGGCUGCCCAAGGUCCUCUGUUGCAGCAGCCGCGUGUUAUUUCCUCCUCCCACCUCCAUUAUUACUCGGUGGCCGGUGAUCCCGACGCCCGUCGGCCUGCAUCCGCCUCUCCUCUCUCUCUCUCUCUCUCUCUGUCACAUCACUCUGUGCGAUUUCCAUUCGGCUGCCCAAGGUCCUCUGUUGCAGCAGGCGCGUGUUAUUUCCCUGUUGGAAGUCGAACCAGGUUUGCGAAUUUUCGUUCUAGGGUUUCUAGUUUGUUGAUUUCUGGCCUCUUUCGGAGGGAAAGGUGUUCCAUUUGUUCCAAUCUAGUCGGGAGGUGCUGCUUUGAUUGUAGUUACGACUUCUGACGAACGCCCGAAUCUCACUGGGGAUCUAUAGGCAGAGAGGCUUGGGCGUAUUGCUGGGAUGGCGGGGAAUGUUGGGGGGCUGUCGUCGCAGCAUCUGCGGCAGCAAGAGGAUGUCGGGGUUGGGGGUCGUUGGUACAUGUCUAGAAAGGAAAUCGAAGAGAACUCUCCGUCGAGAAGGGACGGGAUUGAGCUCAAGAAGGAGACUUAUCUCCGCAAGUCAUACUGCACCUUCUUGCAGGAUCUUGGGAUGAGGCUCAAAGUACCACAAGUAACGAUCGCUACAGCAAUAAUUUUUUGUCAUCGAUUUUUCCUGCAACAGUCUCAUGCAACGAACGACAGGAGGACUAUUGCGACUGCAUGCAUGUUCCUUGCUGGGAAGGUUGAAGAGCCUCCCCGUUCACUAAAAGAGGUCAUUCCUGUUUCCUAUGAGAUGAUCCAUAAAAAGGAUGCAACUGCUGCUCAAAGGAUCAAACAGAAGGAAGUGUACGAACAGCAGAAAGAGCUUAUUUUGUUAGCGGAGAGGCUUGUGCUUGCAACUCUGGGUUUUGACUUAAACGUCCACCACCCCUACAAGCCCCUGGUCAAAGCAAUGAGGAAGUUUAAGGUCGCAGACGAAGAUACAGAAAAGGCACUUGCUCAAGUUGCUUGGAAUUUUGUUAAUGAUGGGCUGAGGACCUCGCUCUGCCUGCAAUUUAAGCCCCAUCACAUUGCAGCAGGUGCGAUUUUCCUCGCUGCCAAGUUCCUGAAAGUUAAGCUCCCCUCGGACGGUGAGAUGAUCUGGUGGCAUGAGUUAGACAUAACUCCCCGUCAAUUGGAAGAGGUCAGCAAUCAAAUGCUGGAACUUUAUGAGCAAAACGGGGUUCCCCCAUCACAGGGAACUAAAAGUUGAAGUACUGGUGGUGAGUCAGGACACCAGUCAUUGUUGAAGAUUAUGUAGAUAAACUUACUGAUUCGAUAUUGUAGAUGACUAUUAUAUUAGCAGUAAAUGAGAUUAUAUUGUACUAAUUCGAUGUUUUAGAUAUUAGAUUUAAAGGCAAUUGCAUUUUCCUUUUUCUCCUAAAAUAAAAUAUUGGAGGCCGGUAACAGGGCCGGCCCAUCAUAUGGCCAAGAAAUGCCCUUGCUUGGCACCUCCAAAUUGAAGA